AUGACGUCACACGUUAUGGGAGGCAAGCAAGCGAGUGUGCUAGUCUCGUGCCUGACAAAGCCGUUGGAGCCAGACGGGCGACCCGCUUGGCGCAGCUACAGUUCCGUGCCUCAGCCCAAGUCGUCUCCGUCAACAGGUGCUACCCAUGUAGCGGCCACAUGUGUCCAUUGUCAGGCUGGACUUGGGGGCUUUCCGGGAAGGUGGCGUCCAAUAGUCUCUGACUCCUCGGUGCCAGACAUUGAAGUAGAGCCCUGCUCUCUGAGUCUCGGCGAGACACGUAGCAGUCUUCAGCUGUUGCUAGAUGCAUCGGCGUUGGCUAUGAAAGAGCCGAAACUGAUAUACAGGACAGAGAACGGUCCGCAGCGCUCCGCGAAAGCUCGUCUCCUUGAAGCUGAAGGCGUAAUGAAUCAACCGAGUAACGAAGAUGUUGUUCAGGAACACGGGCGUGAAACCAAUGGCGGAAUUUCAAAGCGGGAUGCGCUUUCUACCUGGCCGGAGCAACUGCAUACGGGCGAGCGCCAGAGUGCUGCGAAUCUUUGGCGCGUUCCGAACGAAACGAAUGAAGUCUGUCAGGCAUCUGGUGCGGCGUCGGCGACGCAGAGAGCCGGCAUCGCUGCUCCAGACUGCGUUUCUGAGACCGGCACUCGCGGAUCGUUUGCAGCGUCGGGUUCAUCUGCAUGCGAUGGCGAUGCAUUAAGUGACAGACCAUUCCCCAGUUGUGCGAAUCACGUGACGACGAAACAGGUCAGCACGUCUUGCGCUGAUGAAUCCCGAGGCGAAUCGGGAUCAUCAUCGAAAGCGUUGCUUGUGAAUGACCGAGAGAGGUUAAGGGACUCUGCACGGCAAACGCAUCGGAUGCAUGAGCAGAAACGUCGCCGCAUGAUCUCCUCACGCGUAGACGCGCUCAUGUGUCUGGUGCCGGCAGUACGCGGGUAUGCAACCAGGUUUGGUCGGAAACCAGACCGGGCCACGAUCCUCGAGGGUGCUGCCGAAUACAUCCGUUCCCUGGAAGCCAAUGUCGCAGCGCUGAAAACGCGCUUGCAAGAGUUGGAAGUUGCUAAUUUCGUUGCAAAAAAAUACGGCGUAUCGUCGCCUGACAUCACGCAGUACAAACCGGAGCAUAUCGUGCUUCGACAUCAUUGCAGGUAG